CGGAAGAAACAGAACAAUUCAUGCAAGUAGCAACUCAAAAGGAAGAGGAAAAGCUUUCUGCACCUACUAUCCCUCAAUCAUAUCCUUGGUUUGUAAUUUCUGAUGGAAAAUAUCUAGAGAGACAAAUUUUUUUUAGCAUAUCAGAAAAUCGUUUUUCCACAAAGUCAAUCCCAGAGAUGCGCAAUAAAAUGAUAUAUGCUAACACUAACGGUUGGUUAGUGUUGAAAGAUGUGGACUCUUUAGAUUUGUGUGUUAUGAAUCCUAUAUCUAAGGAGGUUGUGCAGCUCCCGCGAUUGGAAACCAUUGAUGAUUGUCGUAUUUGCAUUUUGUCCUCGCCACCAAGUGACCCAAAUGAUCACUGUCACAUAAUCUUCUUCAACAGUAAAAGAUCCAUAUUUUACUUUUGCCAGCCCGGUGAUAACAAAUUUGGUCAACAAGAAUUUGAAGAUAGAGGAAUAUUGGAUGCAACAAUGUAUGGGGGAAAACUUUACAUUUUGACUCCCCAAGAAUUAUUUACGGCUGAAUUUGUAGGGUCAGAACUUCGAUUUACGGUGUCAGGAAUGGAGUUAACUAAGCUAAUACCUCCAAGGAUAGUAUGUUUCUGGACAUAUUUGAUUGAAUCUUGUGGCGGAAAAGAAAUGGAUCCAAGUGAAAAGCAUAGGCGAGCGGACUAUUUUUCUUGCCAACGAAAAGGGUAUGUCUUGUAUUGCAAGAGAAAGGGGGGUCAAGCAAAAUUCAAUCUACUUUACAAAGUAUCGUGAUCGAUUUCUCUAUGUUUUUGACUUAGAAGAUUGUGGCAUAUCAAAAUCACUACCCUGCCCUAUUGUAAGCUAUAAUGGGAUAAACAUUGAUUGGGUUAUGUUAUAAUAUGUUAUAAUAUGUUUGAUUGGGUUAUGUUAUGUUAUGUCUGCAAGGCAGCAAUUGAAGCAGUGGGAGUUGCUGUGUUACACACUGGAGUGGAUGUGCCUCUGUUUCAAACUUGCUUUAUCUUUUUAUUCGAAUUUGUUUAGGAAAGAUAAUAAUAGCAAUCUGAAUUGUUAUCAGA